GGUCACCGUAAGCUCCAUUCGGCAAGGACGAAACAUGGCAGCGACUGCAGCUGGGAAGAAGGUGUUUGAAGUGUUUGUGUCAAAAGUACCAUGGACCAUCGCAACGAAGGAGAUUAGAGAGUACUUUGGGCAGUUUGGCCAAGUGAGGAAGUGUCUACUGCCAUUUGAUAAAGAGACAGGUUUUCAUCGGGGUUUUUGCUGGAUAGGGUUCACUACAGAGGAAGGACUGCAGAAUGCAUUACAAAAGGAUCCUCAUUUCAUCGAAGGAGCAAAGCUCCAGGUGCAAAAAAACAGAAAGCCAUUUUCUGGAAGAAGAUCAAACAAAGAAGCAGAGGAUAUCUGAAGAGGUCUGAUUUCAAGUCUCAAGUGUUGUGUCUUCAGUAACACAGAACUGUUAUUUAUUGUGGAUGUGUCUUCACUUGGCAUACUUGUUUUCAAGAAGCCAAACGUUAAUGAUUUUUGAUCAUUGUUUUAUUGACUGCUUGUCUAGUUUUUUUUCUUUUUCUUAUACAAUGUGCAAAGAAAUGUGAGUCAAAUAAAAUGGGAUAUUUUGAAAAGUCA